AUGCGGGAUGCCCCUUUUCCUGAGACCCCGGGAGACGACGAGACUGAGGACGCUGUCACGGCGGAGGAGAUGCAGCGUUUCCGCACCCUCCUCGACAUGCGUUUUGCCGGGACGCGUUACGCCGACAGAGGCACGAUGCAGACGCUUCGCAUCGACGAGGACAUCGACGAGAUGUUCCAAAACCUCGGGAUCCACCGACUCAUGUUCCAGCAGUACGAGUCUUACCGGAAGGCGACUUGCCUUUUCCUUGCGACCCUCGAGCACAAGACCUGCGACCCCGGCACGACCACACCCGACGGCAGUGACGGGUACAUCACGUUCUGGGCCACCAAACAGACCGCCGGACUGAAGGCGGCUCACCAGCACAUCAGCAUUCUUCAGCGGUGGAACAAGGCGCAGGACAAGAUCACCAACAAGCUCAAGAGCAAGGAGGUGUCCACAGGACCGCAGUCGGUCCACGCCAGGCGAUCCCCUCUGAGGACGACGACGAGCCCGACCACGACACCACCGGCGGACGACCACUGCCUCCUGAGCCACCACGACACUCUUCCUUCGAGCCGCGACAGCAGCGGAAGAGGCGCUUUGGAGAGCCGCAGACAGCGAGACCAUCAGGCGCAGCAGCUCGGCAGACUUGCCAUUCAGGCGAUGCAGCUCCACUUCGAGGCCGACAGCGCCGACAGACCACACACCGCCGACGAGAGCUCCGCCGGACCAGUACGUGCCUUACACCACGAGCGAGCUGCGCCCACCACCGUCCCUACUUACACGCAGGAGAGCAUGCAGGAGGAUCUCGACGACUUCAUCUACGGACGCCGCUGA